UGUCGUCUCUCUUAGUUGAAGUCUACGGUAGUAGUUCCAUAGCCAUUGUGUUUUCAAUAAUUGCAGACCAUAAUCGAUCUGCUCUCGUCAGUCCGGAUAAGGAAUGAUUCUUAGCCACAGUUUUAAAUCCCAAAAAAUUAUGAAAACGAUAAACGAAAUAGCAAAUCUUGUAGGUUUGGAAGCAGCUGUAAGGUUCAGAUGCAGUGCUUCGAUUUGCAAAGCAUUCAGAAAAAUGAGGUUCAUGGACAAAUUUCCAGCCGCCUGGGGCAUGGAUUCAUUUCCAUAUCUUGCUCUGGUUUUUGCCCUUCCGCUGCUACUCUUGUUAAAGUACAAGAAGAAAUCUAGACUCCCUCCGGGUCCUCUAGGAUGGCCGAUUGUUGGCAACCUAAUACAGAUUGUGCUCUCCAACCAGAACUUUCAAGAUUAUAUAGAAAAAGGCCAAGGAAAAUACGGUCCAAUUUUCACAAUCAGAUUCGGGCCUCAACUGCUGAUUAUAGUAGCAAGCCGUGAGUUGGCCCACGAGGCUCUGAUUCACAAAGGCGCUGUCUUUGCCGGCAGACCGCCCGCCAAGGGCUUCCGCAAGCUUUUCAGCGGCAACCAGAUGAACAUCAAUUCCUCCACCUACGGUCCUGUGUGGCGAACCCUCCGCCGAAAUCUGGUGAGCGAAACCCUAAGCUCUGCUGCCUUGAAAUCCUUCAGAGAGGGCAGAGAGUGGAGUCUCCACCUCCUCAUCCAGGGUUUGAAAACCGAAGCAGCGCAAAACGAAGGCGUGGUGAAAUUGAUAGAGCAUGUGAAGCACGCGUCCUUUUGCUUACUUCUCUACAUGUGUUUUGGACUGCAAUUGGAGGAGAAUGAGGUCCGAAAGGUGAAGGGCGUAAUGAGAGAAUUGCUUCUGAGCGGUGCGGGUGUCAAGUUAGAGGACACAUUUCCCUUUCUUGAGGUUUUCUACAGGAAGCGCCGAGAGCAGAUGUUGGGGAUUUACCGGCGUCAACUGGAGACACUGGCUGCGCUUAUUAACAGGCGCCGGGCGGAGUUAGCGGAGGGGACGGGCAAAGAUUGCAGGGCGUAUGUGGAUUCGCUGUUUUCUCUGACUGUUGAUGGCGGGAGAUUUUUGACGGAACAAGAGAUGGUGUGUCUCUGCUCGGAGUUCAUUAAUGGCGGCACCGACACCACAACGACCACGAUACAGUGGGCCAUGGCUAAUUUAGUGAAAAAUUCACACGUCCAGACCAAGCUUUAUGAUGAAAUUGUAGGAGUUGUUCGUAAGGAAGGGGCUAACUUGGUGGAGGAGGAGGAGAAGCUUUCUGGAAUGAAAUAUCUGGAAGCGGUGGUGAAGGAGGUGCUGCGCCGUCAUCCGCCGGGGAAAUUCGUUCUUUCGCACGCCGUUACGGAAGACGCUAGUCUUGGCGGGUAUGAUAUCCCCGCUGGGGCUCUAGUGAAUUUUUGUGUUGGGUUGAUGGGUAAUGAUCCACAAGAGUGGAAGAAUCCUGCGGAAUUUGUGCCCGAGAGAUUUAUGCAGGAGGAAGUGGAUUUGACGGGAGGGAAGGGGAUCAAGAUGAUGCCGUUUGGCGUGGGGAGGAGGAUUUGCCCCGGCUUAGGACUGGCCUUGCUCCACGUUGAGGUUAUUGUGGCCACACUUGUUCAGAAAUUUGAAUGGCAGAGCAAAGCGGGAGAAACGGUGGAUCUUGCGGAGAUGGAGGAGUUUACUGUGGUUAUGAAGAAUCCGCUCCAGGCCGUAAUAAAGGAGAGGGCUUCAGCUCCUGGUUAUUAAUUAUUAUUAAUUAUUAAUUAUUAAACGUUACAAGCUUUUUACUUUUGUGAGAUUUAGUAAAAAUUUCUAUAGUUCAAGCUACAAAGAAAGUAGGUUGGGGCAAUGAUAUAGUGUGAUGGUUAUGUCGUUGUGUGUUGUGUGUGGUUCUAGAUAUAUAUUAAAGGUUCAAGUUUUAUAAAAUUGUGGAUUUUUGUGAGAUGAUGUGGUUGCCUAUACUUGGAUAGACAUAUAUGCAAAACAUAGAAGCAUAGGUGCAAGAUAUGUGAACUAUUUGACAAGUUGUUUUAAAAAAAUGUGAUCACAUAAAAUACUCUGAUGGAUUGUGCAAGGAUGUUUUGAGAUUCUUUGAACAAAUCAAUCUUUCUAAAACCCAAUUUAAUUAUGAAAAUUAUAUGCAUGUUUUAUAAGCAUGCAAUUGAAGAAGUUUA